GGGCGUGUUCAUACUCUCACUCACACACUUGCUGAGAGGAGGUUACAGACCCACGUGUGCACGGCGGCUCCGCCCGCACUGCUGCUUCUGCUGACACCCGAGCGAGCGCAGAGGCAGGAGCCCGAGCAAGAGGGGCAGCAUGGCGGGGCUGCUCUACCCGCUUGGGGCCAGCGAGUGCUCCACCGCCACUACAGUCAACAUAUUGCUGGGGGUUUUCCAUGUCUUAUUGCCUUGCUUUCGCCAAGGAGAGGGACAAGUGAUUGAACCAAUUCCCAGCAUGGUGGAGCUGUGGCAAGCUGAAGAGGCAGAGCUGAUGCUUCACUCUCAGAUGGAUUCUGAUCAGAACUCUGGGGAGAAUCCACAAGAACAAAAUUUUGCAAGGCCUAGUGGGAGGGCCUUACAUCUGCAGCCUUCGGUUUUAGACUUUGGUACUCAGUCAUUGGGGAUCCCUAAAGUCCAAAACUUCUGUGCUUUCAACCCUUGUAGGGAUAGAGAUGUUGAAGUGAAUUCAGUGUUUACAAGUGGUAGACAUUUCCACGUGUCUCCCAUACAGAGCAGGGCCAUUCCAGCCCGGGGGAAGGCUUCCUUUACAGUUGUCUUCUUGCCUGACGAGGAGGGAAGUUUUGAAAGCUCUAUAUUUAUAAACACUUCCUCACACGGGAUUCUGUCCUACCAGGUGUUUGGAGUGGGGAUUCCUGCAGCUGGCUCUGGUGAUUCCAAGAAUGCAUUUCAGAAUGCCAAUGUAAUAUUUCCACACAUUGCAAAUAUUCAUCUUUCACAAUCACAGGCAGAAGCCAUAAAUUCCAGCGUGUGGCAGGUUUGCCUAAAAUGCAGUGUUCCAUUCAAAAAGCACCAGCAAGACAAGAACUGUUUGCCAUCAGGACACUCGCUUCUGCUGCAGAUCUACUAUGCGGUCAGGCUGGAUGGCGGCCAACACGAUUUGGAGACUCUCAGGAAUUACGUGUUGGAGAAUAUUUUUAUGAUCUUCGUAACAAAUGAUCACAAUGGAAAUUUUGAUGCUCCCCUAAUUGCUGUAUAUGUGUUAAAUUCUGGCAGUGGUCUUGUUCAUAUGCAGGAUGUUCAUCAUUUUCUAGGUGACACUUUGACUGUAAACUUUGAGCCUGUGAUGCUUCUGAGUACUUCCAUAAACUUUACAAGGGCUGCCACCAUAUUCUGCUCAGCUACAUCACGUGAGUCAGAGUACAGUUCCACGGAAGACAAAAAACAUAAAGCUCCUGAGGCUGCUGCUACGCCACACCCCUGUGUUUCCCAUAAUGUCACUGAAGGGUAUCUUGGAUUGGAUCUGUCAAACAUAUCUUUUUAUAUGCAACCACUUCAGGACCCUGCUGGUUUAUGGUCAAUAUGGUUAGAAAAUAACCUCAACUUUCAUAUAUCUCUGUCAGAAGUUUCAGUGGCACAGGGAAAAGAGGGCAUAUUAAAGAUCCUUAACUUUACCAGACUGUUGCCAUUGACCCCUGGUUGCUGGAAGGUGUUUACAUUUAAAAUUCAAGCCAAAGACACCCCUUUGAACUACCUAACGUACAUUCUGAUUGGCACCUCUUUGGGCGCUACGUUUAAGAUUCCUGUGCAUGUUCAGUGUGCAUUUUUUAAGCUGGGAAACAUGCAGGAUAAGAUUCAUGCACAAUGUGGGGAACAUCCACUUAUCCGAAUCCUAGAUGCUGGAGGAGCUCUUCGGUGGCAGGAGAGCCUUUCCCUUAGUAUGUCUGCAUGGGGUAUCGAUUAUGAGCUUGGGACAGAACUUUAUGAGAAAUAUCAGAAGAUGCACAAUGGAGAAAAUGUUGGGAAGGAAAACAUGGAGAACUCCAGUUCUACACAGCAGACAAGCGAUGGCAAGAAACACUUUGUGUCCUUUCUCCCACAGUUAAUCACCAAACCUGGUGCUGUGGUUAAUUUCACUGCAACUGCAUUAUGUAACAACUCUGUUAUGCAUUUUACACUAAAGAAUCCAUCCCCCUUCCCAGUGGCAGUGCAACUUCUACCUCUCUCACAUUAUCCUAAUCCACAAGCUGCUCUGAGCAUGCUCGGCAAAUGGUAUGGUGUGAAUGAGCAGACUUUUGAUGUCACAACUGCUGAAUUUAGGCUUCAGAAAGAAUGCAGCAACAUGGAGGAAGAGCCUGAUGAAUGCAGUACUGACGUACUAGAGUUACAGCUGCUACCCUGGGAAAGUCAGCGGGUUGGUGUAAGAUUUACCCCACUUGAUUACAGAAAAGUUACCUCACUCAUAUUGAUCAGGAAUAAUCUGACUGUUCUGGACAUGAUUACAGUGGAAGGUUUAGGGGCACGUGAGAUGUUGCGCAUGGGAGGAAGACUGCCCGGCAUAGGGGGAUCCCUCCGAUUUAAAGUGCCAGAGUCAACACUGAUAGACUGUAGACAGCAGGUAAAGGAAAGCAAGCAGAUCUUGUCCAUCACAAAAGUCUUCAAAGUUGAGAAUGUUGGUUCCUUGCCAAUAACCAUACAGUCUAUGAAGAUUAAUGGAUACAGUUGUCAGGGCUUUGGGUUUGAAGUGUUGGACUGCCAUGCCUUUUCUCUCAGCCAAAACUCUUCUAGAGAAAUCAGUAUUGCGUUCAUUCCAGAUUUCACAUCAUCAUGGGUCAUUCGUGAGUUGACUCUUGUGAGUGCUUCCAAUAUAGAGUUUCGAUUUACACUUAAUGUGACUCUGCCUCACCAUUUGCUCCCACUGUGUGCAGACGGCGUUCCAGGCCCAAGCUGGGAGAACUUGUUCUGGAAGAUCACUGUCAUGUGUGUCAGUUUUUCUCUGCUUGCCGUCAUUUUAAUAGCUACCCAACAUGCACAUUGUAUUCUAAUUGACUUUUUAAAGUCAAGUCAUAGAAACUGUGCAAUCUCUGCAUCUCAUCAAAUCUCCAGUCAGGUGGACACAAUCACCUCUGAGUCAUUCAGGGGAAGUUGCAAGAAUUACAUGGAUUCCUUUAGCCCCCCUGAUAAAGGGAAAGGAAGAGGAUGUCUGACUGCCGCCGCCGCACCCCAGAACAGAAGCCAGAAUGCAUCCAAGAGGGGUCCUGCAACAUACAGCCACUCUCAGAAGAAGCACAAGUGCUCGGUGUACUACAGUGUAAAGCCGAAAUCCUCAAGCAGCGCAGCAGGCAGUAUUGCAACAUCAUGUGAUGCAAGUGAACAGCAAACCUCAGAUAUGCCCUCUGCAUGCCAAAAGGACUCAGAUUGUAAUGAGAUCCCUAACAUUAACCCUACAGAAUAUAGAGAUGCAGAUAAUAAAAGGCACUUAUCCAGCCCAGACCGCAAUCUGGGCAAAGAGGAAUCUGCAAAGCAAGAUUCUCAUCUCCAACAAAGGACUGCUAAUGAAAGCCCUUUGAAGGAAGAGCCUGUUCUAUGUAUGUUUCCUAUGGAAACAAAUUUGAAAACAUCAGAAAGCCUAUCUGAGCCUAAACUGCACCUGGACUUCUGUGAUCUUCCUGUGCCUAGUAAAGUGUCUGUAAGUCACCUGUCAAAGAAUAUGUCACAUGCACAGAUGGAAUCUCGGACUGCUUCUAAGAAGAAUGAGGGGAACAGGCAGCAGACACCCCCCCCUACCUCACACAGAGACGUUUUGGAAUCUACAAAAAAACAAGCAGCACAAGAUAAUUCCAAUGAGAAGCUUUCCCGUAGCACUUCCAGAGAGGAGAAAGUUUGUGGGCGAACUGAUGCACUUGCAGUUAAGCACGAAGAGCCAAUUAGGAAAAAAAGCCCCAAUGACAAGAGGGAUGGGAUAUUCCAAAAUUUAAAUUGGAAUAAAAACAGAUCUUCUGCCAGAAAAAAUAAAAAGAAGAACAGUGUCUUUCCUGCAAGGGGUACUGAACAGAACGACUUGAAACAUAAGUGGCAAGAGGUGGAGAGAUCAGACUUAAGAGCUCCUAACAGGGUAAAACAUUGGAAUUCAUUUCCAAAUGGGGACUUGUGUAAAGGUGAACCAAAAAAUGGAAGAUUCCCAAUCCGUGGUGAUACAGAAUGCUAUCAGAUCCUCAAAAAGAAACCAGUGGACAAGUUUUCUUCUGACUCCAGUUCUGACUGUAGCAGCUCCCGUGGUAGCGUGAGAGCCAGCCGUGGUAGCUGGGGAAGCUGGAGUAGCGCUAGUAGUUCAGAGGGGGAUAAGAAAAAUGGUCUACCUACAAGGCACUUUCAUCCUUCACGGGAGAACAUACCACAGAGUGGUUUUCCUGGUGAAGCACCCAUUUCUCUUAACCUCUCACACAGCAUCUGUAAUACAAGCACAGAUCUAAAUGCCAUCCCUCGUUACCCAGAGAUCUUCUCUCCUUCUUACACCAGCGUUACGGAUAUAGAGAAAAGCAAAGGUCGCUAUUCCCAGGAAGACAUUUGGUCCACCCAGCCAGUUUGUUUACCAAAUGAUGUCAACUAUAAUGUGGAGAGCACAGUGACAUGUGUUAUGCGCGAUCCUGCUCCUGUGCAAAAUAGUUUUAUUCACUGGAAUUCCACAUGUGACGGGCAGUUUUCUGGCAUGUACAGACCAUUGGAGUUAGAUGACUUGGCCCCAUAUAAUGAAGAAAACAUGAAUUAUCACAGUGGUUUUUCACAUCCUGAAGUUCAGAACCCAGCAUUUAUUGAGCACCAGUGCCAGCAGCCUACGUGGAAUAUGAGUGCCCCUGUACCACCAGCUCCUACCCAGGACUCCCCUAUGCCCAGCAGCUGGGAGCCAGCAAGCUAUUCUUAUCUCUCCAGCACUAGAAGUUUGUCACCCAUGUCAGGACUUUUUGGCUCUAUUUGGGCUCCUCGGAAUGAUGGCUGCUGCCCAGUCAGUGGCUCUCCUCCUCAUUCUCACCAUGUUGGCAAUCACUCAGUUAUGUGCAAGCAGGAGUACUCGCCCAGGUUUAACCCCUUCCAUGCCUACAUGAACCUGGACAUUUGGACCACAACCGCUAACAGAAAUGCAGCUUUCCCGAUUUCAAGAGACUCUGGUUACUGUGGGAACUUGUGAACUGAGUUCGAUCCAAGAAAAUGUGAAUAUUAAUGCUUGCAGUUUUGAUCACUAGAGUGACCAAGUUAUUGUAAUAGAAUACAAUAUUGGUGAAUAUUCUGGCACUUUUUAUAUCAAUAAAUGUUUUUUACUGAA